ACCAAAUGGAACAUUUAUGUAUUACAUACAAAUCUUCCAUGGAUUAUACUUAUGGAUAAUACAUGUAUUGACAAAAUAGACAGUCCAAAUGACUUGUAUUCCUUUUUAAAGAGUAUUAAAAAGGACAAAGGAUUCAAGGCAAAAGUUGUCCUUUUCCUUUUUAAAAACUGUCCGCAAGGAUCUGCAAAUUAUCAUCACUUUGGAGUUUUGAAGAACGUAAUUAAACUCCUUUUUACUGAGAACUUUCAAAAUAUAAGUUACUGGGGAGCACCAAAAAAGAAAAGUGAAAAUAACGGAUCAGAAAACUCAUCAGUUCGUGUAGUUCUAUCACAGUAUAUCAUAUCAAAAGAUAUGAUCGAACAGAUGUUGAUGACUCUGACACAUCUGGGGAUGAUUCUGACACAACUGAGGAUGAUUCUUCUUAAAAACUAACAAAAAAUCUUGUACUCACAUUUAAUCACUAUGAAUCGUUGUGCCCAAAGUUCAAAGUGCUGGCUUCUAUUUAAUUAAAUAUUCAUUAUCCUUUUAUUUUUGAAGUGCAGCUCUUAUUGAGUAAUUAUCAUUUUCAUUCGUUCACACUCAUCACUUAACUUCGUUUUUUG